AUGUCUGACGACGAAGAUUUCAUGCAGGAGUCGGAUGAGGAGCAGUACGAUUUCGAGUACGAAGAGGACGAGGACGAGGACUCCGGCGAUGUCGAUAUCGAGAACAAAUACUAUAAUGCGAAGCAACUGAAGCUUAACAACCCGGAGGAGGCGGUGGACGAGUUUCUUGGAAUCCCCCAACUGGAGCCGGAGAAAGGCGAGUUGGGAUUCAAAGGCUUGAAGCAAGCUAUCAAGCUAGAAUUCAAGCUGGGCAGAUACAAUGAGGCCGCCAACCAUUUCGAAGAACUCCUUACCUACGUCAAGUCCGCCGUCACGCGAAACUAUUCAGAAAAAUCCAUCAACAACAUGCUAGACUAUAUCGAAAAGGGUGCUGACGGGAAUGAUGCCGUCCAGAGUAUGGAGAAGUUCUACUCGCUGACGCUCCAGAGCUUCCAAAGUACGAAUAACGAACGGCUUUGGCUCAAGACUAAUAUCAAGCUUGUCAAGUUACUACUUGAUCGCAAAGAAUACGCUACCGUCGCUAAGAAGCUUCGGGAUUUGCAUAAAGCUUGCCAAAAAGAGGACGGGACAGACGAUCCGAGCAAAGGAACAUACUCGCUCGAGAUUUACGCCCUCGAGAUUCAGAUGCUUUCCGAGACGAAGAACAACAAGCAGCUCAAGGCACUGUACCAGCGCGCAUUAAAGGUCAAAUCCGCUGUGCCGCACCCUAGAAUUAUGGGAAUCAUCCGAGAGUGUGGUGGCAAAAUGCACAUGAGUGAGGAGAACUGGAAGGAAGCACAGGGCGACUUUUUCGAAUCGUUCCGCAACUACGACGAAGCGGGCUCGCUUCAACGCAUACAGGUCCUCAAGUACCUGCUUCUCACGACGAUGCUGAUGAAGUCUGAUAUCAACCCGUUUGACUCGCAAGAGACCAAACCGUACCAAUCAGAUCCUCGCAUCUCGGCCAUGACCGAGCUCGUGAACGCGUACCAGCGAGACGACGUGCGCGGCUACGAAAAGGUGCUGCAAAGCAACCAAGACAUCCUCGCCGACCCGUUCAUCGCCGAGAACAUUGACGAAGUCACCCGCAACAUGCGCACCAAGGGCAUAGUGAAGCUCAUCGCGCCGUACACGAGGAUGAAGCUGGACUGGAUCGCCCAGCAGCUCAAGGUCUCGCAGGACGAGGUCCAGGACAUCCUCGGCUUCCUCAUUGUGGACGGCAAGGUCGACGGCCGCAUUGACCAGCGCGACGGCAUCCUCGAGAUCACGUCCACUGCCGACGCGGAACGCAUCAGGGCGAUGAGCAAGCUUACUAACUCUGUAGCUGACUUGUUCGCCACCGUGUUCCAAGACGGCGACGGUUUCCGAAACAGCGAUCAGAACAUCGGUGCCGAUGGGCCCGGCUUCGAUGUCGAAGGGACGGGAAGGAUGGGCAAGUCCCACAGUCGGAGGACCAAGCCGGGCUCCCAUGUAUGGGGCUAA